AUGGAGCUCCUCGGUAUUACUCGCGGUGGUCAGUUCAACCAACGUCGGUUCCUCCAGCAGCAAAUGAGGAACGAAGCCAUGGUAGACUCCGUCCUAUUCGGCAACCGACGUCGAGGGUUCAAGUACCCAGAACCACUUCCUCCUCCCUUACCUUACAGCCCCGCCGUUGCCGUCCACCACGAGAUGGGUUACCAGUCUCGUUGCUACGGUGGCCCGUCUUAUCCCCAAUCAGUUGGCCCUAUCCGUAACGAUCGUGGCGGCUCUUACCGCCCACCUAAGCGCCCGUCUUCGUUCGGCCAACCUCUCGAACCAUGGGGACCUCCACCAUAUCACCAGCCAACUUACGACCACGACAUUCCCAUGGACGACCCGGACGAUGUCGAGAUCGACACUGGACGUAAUGCCAGUGGUAUGGCGGCUGAUGACCGUCCAUCCACUUCACGUCGUCGACGCUCGCCGUCACCUGUCAGACGUCGAUCAAGAUCUCGCUCCCGCGGACGUCGAGGUCGACGUCGCUCACCUUCUACUUCAUCCGAGCGUUCUCGGUCGAGCGAUAGCUCUGAUACUGACUCGAGUAGGGGCCGUACCAAGUCUCCACCGCCCCGAGAGCGUUGCCCUACUAAACGAACCACGCCCAUUGUAGAAAACCGGACGGCACCAGCUAAGUCAACCACGGCUCCCAGUGGCGCCCCCACUACCACCAAUCAGCCUUCCCCACCGAUCACUGCCACCCCUGUGGCAGCUCCCACCAGUUCCAAUCCACCAGGUCCGGCGCCUAUCACCAACACCAAUCCCACCACCACUCGAACCGGCACCCCACUACCCACUACACCUCUUGGGAACGACCCCUGGGCUUCGCCUCGCGCCAACACCACAUCUAUUCCCGGUACACCCUCAUCGAAGAUCAGCGAGCUAGGUGAUGAGGACGCACCUGGGGAACCCGACACCGAGCCCAUGAACACCCAUUCGGAUACCCCUGGCAACGUUGACGUCGAAAUGAAAGACCUAUCGAUUGGAGGAGAUAGGAACUCCGCUCUGGUGCACCCUGGUCUGAUCAACCAGGCCUUCCGACUCGAUGCAGGCAACCCACCUCAACCCACCUCUCAACCCAACAACGCCAAACACCGUGCUAAUUACUGCGCCACUGCUUCGUUGUCAACUACGACCAUGCUUCGUUUGCCGCCUCGCCCCUACAACCUUAGAAGACGUCCCACAACAGGAGUCGUGGACACUGGCCCUGUCCCGACGUCACUCCCAGCUAGGGAGGCACCUGCAGGUGACCGACCUGCCUCGGGAACCCUGCGGGGUGACUCAGAGGCUCCCCUCUCGACGAACGAGAGGGAGGCUGGACCCGGUCGCGAUCGGGUCGAUGGGACUUCGGGUGGAGCUGAGGGCUCCCGUGAUUUUUCCGCCGGCAUUGUAGAUACGGAUAGGGGUCUUGAUAAGAAUGGAAGUAUUUUUGGUACCACACGUUCGGAUUAUGAGGCGAAGACGCCCGUGAGGGGGCGUAGCAGGACUCGAAGGUCCUUGUCAAUGGAUCAACGCCGAGCUGAGGAUAUCGCUACGGCAGGAUUGGAUCGAGUACAGCGUGCGCGCAUCGAGCGCCUAAAGGAGCGCCUUUACCGAGAUAAGCAAGAGGAGAAAUUGAGUAAAGCUAAAAUUGAAAAGAAACGUGAGAAAUCGAAGGAACGAAAGAGAAAGAAGAAGAAAAAUACCGAGUUCGAUCGUGGAAUCACCCCACUCUCAGACCGCAUGGAAGAGAUCAUUGAUCGUACCGUGAGGGGAAAAGGAUACCCAUUGGAUGUCGAACGCGCAGAUGACCACACGGACACCGACGACGAGAGGGGGUUGAACCCCGCGGAGGAAAUCAAUCCCCAAAGCGCCCUGGGCGCUAUCUUCCAACGUGCCGCCGAAGUCGAGCGCGGCACUAAGUCCGGUCGUAAGACUUCAAAGAAACGAUCUAAGUCGAAGGGAAAGCGUAAGAGAUCUAGUAAACGAAGCAAGUCGCGAUCUAAAAGGGUUAAGAGUAAGGAGUAUAGCCCUGAGGAGGAAGAUCACGACUCACCAAGUGAUGACGACAGUGAAUCAUCGUCGUCCAGCGACUCGGAGGGCGACAACACUAUCGAGCCUUUGGGUGAGGACGACUCUUCUGACCCAGAGUCCGGUUCCGAACCUUCGGAUGGCUCGGAUUACUCGUCUGAUACGUCAUCUGACGACGACGAAGAUCGCCGACGUGAGCGAAGACGUCGAAGAUAUGGUAAGGGAAUCGUACCUUUUGACUACGACGGCCAGCAGGACACCGUGGUGUUCACCCAGUUCAUGAACCUAAGUGUCAAAGCAAUCGAACAUCGAGGUAUUCCUACAGACGAACAAGUCAGUUGGCUGUCCGGUUACCUUAAGAAGGGGUUAUAUGAUUGGUACUUACAAGAAAUCGCCUAUAGAGAGGCAAACAUGAAGUUGUCUAAGUUCUUUAAGUUGAUGUACAAUCACAUCUUCCCUCCUGCAUUCAAGCAACAAACCAGGUUAAAACUCGAUAGCUAUUAUCAAGGAAAGCUCACCGUUCGAGAAUACGCCGGUCGCAUCCGCAAAAUGUGCGAUAUUGCGGAUGUCAAGGACCGACGUGAGCGAGUUCACAACCUUUGGAAGGGAAUGAACUCGGAAUUAAAGAAGCCCCUGGUGGCUAAUAAAAUGAGUCCUGAUAAAUCAGCAUGGAAGGACAUCGUUAGAGAAGCUGAAUAUAUUGAAUUAUCACUUACCUUGGAGAACAUUGACCGAGGUUCCGGUCGCCGAGAUCGAAAUAACCGACGUGAUCGAGGUGAUCGUCGAAAUAGGCGCCCGGGAAAUGGGUCUCAAAAUCGUCGAAGUUCCCGCGAGCGCCGUGACAAUCGCAGCUCGCGUUACACCAACAACACCUCCAGAUUCAAUUCUAACCAGACUAAAUUCAGAAACGACGCUGAAAGACGAGACAGAGGCCGAAGACUCACUGACGAGCAAAUGGAGAAGUUGAGGAAAGAGAACAAGUGCUUCAGAUGCUUCAAGACCGGCCACAUGGCUAAUUGUUGCCCUGCUCGUAACUCGGUCGCAUCCUCGAGCAAGAAAGCACCUGGUAUGUUGAAUCAUAAUGCCAAAGUAGAACUGAAUAAAUCUGGGGAAUCCGAAGAAGAGAAGUCAGUUGAUGAGUCAAUGCUGUUCGACGACGAAUGA